AUGUCAGAUUUGGAUGUCAUCGCCCAGUCAUGGCCUGGAGCCAGGGCGCCGCGGUCGCUGCUGCGGCCGGUGCCGCCCGCGCCGCAGGUUCGACCCCUCGAGGUGGAGUGCAUGGCUUCACCGUUGCUUUUGCCAGCAGCCUUGGACUUGGAGAACCUCCGCUGCGAUUCCGACCCUGAGGCGAAGCGGCCUGCCUCACCUUCGCUUUUGAGCACAGGUCUCGAGGAUAGCGAGGGCGAGGAGAGGGAAGACAUUCUGCACCUUGGACUGCAAAAGCUUAGCUUGCCACUGGCUUGGGAUUUGGGCCAUCUCUUGUGUGAUCUGAUGUGGGUGUGUUGUUUUUCCAUGUUCCCAGGAAACCCAUCAAAAACCUGUGAAGCCCUAUGA